AUGUCGAACAUCGUACACAAAGUUAAGGACGCCGUGACUGGCCAUCCGAAUCACAAAUCAGAUAAUACCCAUUCCACCACUGGUGUUGGUCAGGGAAACCAUGGCACCCAGACUACCCAGGGCACAACCCAUAGCACUCAUGGGGGAACGGCCUCCAGCACUCGGCCACCACAUUCCUCAAAGGUCGCUAACAAACUUGAUCCUCGUGUGGAUUCUCAAGCCACCACUGGUGCUGGCCCUGGAACCCACGGCACCCACGCUGGGAUGACGUCUGGCACUCAACCACCACACUCUUCCACUACUGCCAAUAAACUUGACCCUCGUGUGGAUUCUCAAGCCGGCACCGGUGCCAGCUAUGGAACCCACGGCACCCACUCUGGAAUGACCUCUGGCACUCAACCACCACAUACUAGCACAGCGCAGCAGAGCUCCAAGCUCGGUGGCAAUGGCCAUAUGGGACACGGAGCCCUGGGGGGUGCUGGUGCCGGCCUCGGUGCAGGAACAACCCACCACGCAACUGGCCACCACAGCUCAGAGCCUGGCCUGAUGCAAGCUAAUCCUUUGCCUAGCAGCACAAAGGCGUCUAGGGGUGUUGGAGUCGGUGGGGUAGGGGACACUAGUUCAGCUCUUGGCUCAGGAACAGGUCAUCAUUCCGCUGGUCACCACGGUUCGAACGUCAUGCACUCAAGUGUCGGCUCGGGAACAGCCAGCCGCACCGCCGGUCCCCACGACUCCAAUCUCGCAAACAAACUCGACCCAAGAGUGGAUUCCGAUCUCGAUGGCAGCCGCACAGUCGGCCGAGGCGCAACCCACAACUCGCGAACUGGAAACUUCGACAACAAGGACCCUACGGACGCAGCUCAGGUGCCCCCGAGUGUGAUGAGCAAGCAUGUCGGAGCUCCAGAAGUCACCCAUAAUGACCCAAAACACGAACGUACGCGACGACAUAGUAUGAAGCCGGGGGACUCGCUGAGGGAGUACGGAUCUGGGACUGUUUAG